AUGGUAAUCACAAAGGAUUCCGGUCUUGAUUCCAAGAUUCCUGGGACUGAGAUCGUCAAGAUCUACGUUGGACUGGAGAAAAAACUGUUUAGUAUCUACAAGGAAUCGAUCUGCGCCAAGUCUGACUUCUUCAAGAAGGCUUUCAAAGGCAACCUCCAGCAAUCAAAUGGAGUCAUGUAUAUGCCCGAAGAACAUAUUUCAGCUUUCAAGACUCUGAUGGUCUUCCUUUACUAG